UCUCUGUCUCGCUCCCGAUCAGUUCUCUCUCUCUCUCGGAUCUCAGAGCCGAACGAUCCACGGAGCAUCCAUCCACAGUUUCUGCUCGUAUUCGGCCGUUUCAGGCUCAACCUCAGAGCUCGAACUUCUCCGCGACGGCAGCGGGGGGGACGUGGAUAUGGGCGAGGAAGUGAAGAUGAGAGAAAACGGCGGCGUCGAUGGCGGCGACGAUCGGGUUUCCGAGUGGGAGGCCGGCCUCCCGAGCGCCGACGAUCUGGCGCCGCUCUCGCAGCCGCUGAUCUCGCCGGAGCUGGCGUCCGCGUUCAGCAUCACGCCGGAGCCGUCCAGGACCCUCCUCGACGUCAGCCGCGCGUCGGAGAACACGCUGGCGGGCCUGCGCGGCCACCGGACGCUGUCCCAGGGGUUCUCGUCGAACAACGAGUUCAAGUCCUUCGUGGAGGAUCGCGACCCGAUGGCCGCCGGGGAGGCGGACGCGGACGGCUCCGAUUCGAGGAAGAUGAGGAAGAUUGACUCCGCCGAGGAGGCGGAUUCGGCUAUGAGGACGGAUAAUUCCGUGGAGGAUCCAUCGGCGAAGUCGAUGAAGAGGCCGCGGCUGGUCUGGACCCCUCAAUUGCACAAGCGGUUUGUGGAAGUGGUGGCGCACCUAGGGAUCAAGAACGCGGUGCCGAAGACGAUAAUGCAGCUGAUGAAUGUCGAGGGAUUGACCCGCGAGAACGUCGCCAGUCACUUGCAGAAGUACAGGCUUUAUUUGAAGAGGAUGCAGGGGCUGUCCAGUGAGGGCCCGUCCUCAUCGGAUCCGCUCUUUGCGUCCACCCCGGUACCGCAGAGCUUGCACGAGACCACCGGAGGUGGAGGUGGGCAUGGGAACGGGCAUGCGGCGGUGCCGAUGCCAUAUGGCGGGCCUCCUCAUAUGCCAAUGCCUGUUUAUGGGCAUAUGGGGAUGCAAAUGGGUAAUCAGCAGGGGUUUCAGUCGAAUCCCUACAUGUUACCGCAGAUGGACUGGUCGGGAAAUAGAUGCGGAUCGGUUGUAUCAUAUCCAAACUCCGGUCCUAAUGAUAAGUGAUUGUAUUCCUCAAUCAUACGGCGCUGAUGGUUUGAGAGCUAGAGGCACUGGACCGGAACUGGGUGGCUUGAGAACUUAUACAUGUGGUGCUCUCCCACUUCCAUACUGAGUCACUGACACUGAUCUUGUUAUUUUGCUUCAGAGGUCAUUUCCCUGUGCAAGCAGAAAGAGUGCGAUAGGAGGAGCUGUGAGCUGGACCAUGAUGUCGACGCAGAUUACCUAUUCAAAGCUGUUGGGACUUUCUAUCCAGUGGAAGAGCUUCUCCUAGAUUCCUUUAACCUCCUUUCCAGCAUUAUUGUCACGCAAACGUUCUCACUGGUGUUUAUUGUUUCAGAAGGGAAAUAAUGAAGUCCCAAGAGGGAGCUGCCUGUUGGAGCUCCUACUGUGAAGCAGGUCAAAGAGAUGGGAAGUAUAAAAUCAUCUAGCUGAUGAAAGAGUGAAAAUAAUUGUUGAGUUGUUUGACUCUAGCUAGUUUUAGAGGCAUGCUUCUAAUUUAACACGUCUUCAAAUCUUCGGUAUCAUAAGUCAGCUGUGAUCUCGCCAAAUUGUUAAUUAAUAGUUGGAAACGGGUAAUUAAGGCGGAUCUUUCUCGUCG